GGUUGCGAUGAGCAUCGUCAGAGCGCCAAAUCGCGCGCUUGCAAUGGCGGGCGGCGCCGCUGCUCCUACGCCAGCGCAGCAGGGCCGCAUUCUUUCCCUCGUCCAGGGAUGCGCCAGGGAUCAGUCUUUCGGAGAGGGCCAGGUAGAACAGCUCAAGAAGAAGAGCGCGGAGCUCAUGUCGCAGCUGGAGCUCGCAAGAUCGGAGCUGGAAACGAAGAAAGCGCGCAAGAAAUCCGCGGAGGAGGAGCUCAAGUGCCUCGAGGUGGAGCUUAGCAGCGUGGAAGCCACGAUCCAGUCGCGACAGGCAAGGCUGGAGAGCAAGCAGCUGGAGAUUGCCGAUACGCGAUCACUGCUGGAAGAACUCAAGCGCAAGGAGGAGCAAGACAGGGACCAAUUCAUUCAAGAAUCGCUCGAGCUGAAUGCGAGCAUUCGCCAGCUCCAGGAGAGCUCGUUGCGAAUCGUGUGUGAAGCUUGUGAACGCUGCUAGCGUUACCAGGAAUUGGCAUUGGCGACUUCUAUAACAUUUUGGGUAUUCUGUUA